UUCUUCUUCUCCUUUACACACACCACCGCAGAAACCCCCCCAAUAAAACACAAUGCGGCGGCUCCUCCUCGUCUUCCGCCUCCUCCUCCUCCUCCGCCACUCUCUCUCCUCACCCCACCGUCUCCUCUCCACACCCACCCGCCCAGUGUCCGCCUACCGCGCCCUCCUCUCCCUCAAAGCCUCCAUCACCGACGACCCCGACUCCCGCCUCGCCUCCUGGACACCCAACACCAGCCACUGCACCUGGACCGGCGUCACGUGCGACUCUCACCAUCACGUGACCUCACUCGACCUUUCCGGCUUAAACCUCUCCGGGUAUCUCUCCCCCGACAUCGCCCACCUCGUCUACCUCUCCAAUCUCACCCUCGCCGAGAACACCUUCUCCGGCCCCAUUCCCCCGGAAAUCUCGGCGCUCACUUCGCUCCGCGUCCUCAACCUCUCCAACAACGUCUUCAACCUCACGUUCCCGCCGGAGCUCUCCAGACUCACCAACCUCCGUGUUCUUGACCUCUACAACAACAACCUCACCGGAGCAUUGCCGGUCUCGGUGGCCCAGAUGAAGAACCUAAGGCAUUUGCACUUGGGAGGCAACUUUUUCGAGGGCUCCAUCCCACCGGAGUACGGCCAGUUCCCUUUUCUCGAGUACCUCGCCGUCUCCGGGAACUCCAUCACCGGAAAAAUCCCCAAAGAGAUCGGAAACUUGACCCGGCUCCAGGAGCUCUACAUUGGCUACUACAACAGCUACGAUGGCGGCAUCCCCGCCGAGAUCGGAAACUUAACCCAGCUCGUCCGGUUCGACGCCGCCAACUGCAAUUUAUCCGGCGAGAUCCCACCCGAGCUGGGCCGGUUGCAGAAUGUGGACACUCUGUUUCUCCAGGUGAAUGCGUUUUCCGGGUCUUUAACUUCUGAGCUGGGCAGCCUCAAGAGCUUGAAAUCCAUGGACUUAUCCAACAACUUAUUCUCCGGCGAGAUUCCGGCCUCUUUCGCAGAGCUAAAGAACCUGACGCUCCUCAAUCUCUUCCGGAACCAGCUCCACGGCGCCAUUCCGGACUUCAUCGGAGAGUUGCCGGAGCUCCAGGUUCUGCAGCUGUGGGAGAACAACUUCACUGGGUCUAUUCCUCAAAGCUUAGGCAGAAAUGGGAAGCUUCAAAUCCUCGACUUGUCUUCGAACAAAUUGACCGGCACUCUGCCGCCGGAUAUGUGCUACGGGAACAAUCUUCAGACCCUAAUCACUCUCGGCAACUUUCUGUUCGGCCCUAUUCCGGAGUCACUGGGAGAUUGUCAGUCACUGAGUCGAAUUCGAAUGGGUGAGAACUUUCUAAAUGGGUCUAUUCCUAAAGGCCUGUUGGGGUUGCCAAACCUAACUCAAGUCGAGCUGCAAGACAACUUCCUAGGUGGUCAGUUUCCGGAGUCGGAGUCUGUCUCUGCUGGUCUUGGUCAGAUUUGUCUCUCAAACAACAGGUUGUCCGGUCCCUUGCCGCCGACUAUUGGCAACUUCUCCGGCGUCCAGAAGCUUCUGCUUGACGGGAAUAAGUUCUCCGGUAGGAUUCCUCCUGAGAUUGGACGACUAGACCAGCUGUCGAAGAUUGAUUUUAGCCACAACUUGUUUUCGGGUCCGAUAACGCCGGAGAUUAGCAAAUGCAAGCUGCUGACGUAUGUUGAUCUUAGUCGAAACGAGCUGUCGGGUGAGAUUUCGAAGGAGCUUACUGGUAUGAGGAUACUGAAUUACCUCAAUCUUUCGAGGAACCAUCUUGUGGGGAACAUCCCAACUCCCAUUUCAGCAAUGCAGAGCUUAACUUCAGUGGAUUUUUCGUAUAACAAUCUUUCGGGUUUGGUUCCGGGGACUGGUCAGUUCAGCUACUUCAAUUACACUUCGUUUGAGGGUAACCCUGAUCUUUGCGGUCCUUAUUUAGUUCCUUGCAAAGAUGGGGUUGCAAAUGCCAAUCAUCAGCCUCAUGUUAAAAGCUCAUUCACUGCUUCUCUGAAGCUGUUACUUGUUGUUGGGCUGUUACUUUGCUCGAUCAUAUUUGCAGUCAUUACGAUAAUCAAAGCUCGAUCGUACAAGAGAGAAAGGGAUUCCAGAGCUUGGAAAUUGACUGCAUUCCAGCGCUUGGAUUUCACUGUUGAUGAUGUCUUGGAUUCACUGAAGGAGGACAACAUUAUAGGCAAAGGUGGUGCUGGGAUUGUGUACAAAGGGGCUAUGCCUAGUGGUGAGAAUGUGGCUGUGAAGAGACUCCCUGCAAUGAGCAGAGGCUCCUCUCAUGAUCAUGGAUUCAAUGCCGAGAUACAGACUCUGGGUAAAAUUCGACACCGUCACAUUGUUAGACUUCUGGGUUUCUGUUCAAACCACGAGACAAAUCUUCUGGUCUAUGAGUACAUGCCUAAUGGGAGUCUGGGUGAGGUUCUUCAUGGCAAGAAAGGAGGUCAUUUGCAUUGGGAUACAAGGUACAAGAUUGCCAUUGAAGCUGCAAAGGGGCUUUGUUAUCUUCACCAUGACUGUUCGCCUUUGAUCGUCCACAGAGAUGUGAAAUCGAAUAACAUCCUCCUCGACUCCAGUUUUGAGGCUCAUGUUGCUGAUUUUGGCCUCGCCAAGUUCCUUCAGGAUUCGGGCACGUCCGAGUGCAUGUCUGCCAUUGCUGGUUCUUAUGGAUACAUUGCUCCAGAGUAUGCUUACACGUUGAAGGUUGAUGAGAAGAGCGACGUCUACAGUUUCGGUGUUGUUCUGUUGGAGCUUGUGACUGGCAAGAAGCCAGUUGGAGAAUUUGGGGAUGGAGUCGACAUCGUGCAAUGGGUUCGCAAAAUGACGGACUCAAACAAGGAAGGAGUCCUGAAGAUCCUUGAUUCCAGACUCCCGUCUGUGCCCCUCCAUGAGGUUAUGCACGUGUUUUACGUUGCAAUGCUCUGUGUCGAAGAACAAGCAGUUGAGCGUCCCACAAUGAGAGAAGUGGUUCAAAUCCUUACAGAGCUUCCGAUUCCACCAGGCUCAAAGCUAGUAGGAGAGACAACAACAAUCGCAGACUCCCCUCAACAAUCUGCUAUUACUGCAUUUGAAUCACCGACUACCACAAAAGACACGAAAGACCAGCAACAGCCACCGCCGCAAUCACCCCCGCCGGAUCUUCUAAGCAUUUGAUGAAGUGUUAGUUUGCUGGAGGAUUGAAAGUUUCUGUUCUAUUCUAUGAACUAUCUUAGCUUCUUUCUUUUUUUACUGUUUUGUGUUCUUUUUUUGGGAGGGGUAAUAGUUUGGUCUAAUUUUCAGGUGUUAAUGGAAUUGAUGUACAGUAGGACUUGGGUUAAUUUCCGUAAGUUUGGCUUCUUCAUCAUGUAGCUAGCAGUACACUAGUACUGGUGUUGAUUUCUAC